UCACGGGGCGGAGCCAAAGAGAAUCUUGCCGACAACAUGGACUUGGUGUCAGUUUAGAGGAACUGAAUAAUACGAGCUGUUAGCCUGCUUUUAAAUUAUUUUAUAUUUUUUUACGAAACACAUAGACUGUUGAUAUUUAUAAAGAUGUCCCGAUGCCAGACGACUAGCUAACGUUUGAGAAAUUGUUUUUUAAAUAGUUAUUUUGUUUUAAAGAGUGUAGUUCUACUGUGUUUGUUUACAUCUAGGUGGCACUGAGAUACAUUUCCAGAUGGAGUAUUUAUUAGUGGUUAAAAUUUCCGCCCUGGUUGGCUUGUUGGUUCUUACUCUGUUUUUUGGGUUCAUUCCUGUUCGGAUGAAAUUUUUCCGAGUAACGAGUGGAACAGAAACCCACAGGAUAAUAGUGAGUUUAAUCAGCUGCUUUGCCGGAGGAGUGUUCCUCGCUGCCUGUCUCUUGGACAUUAUCCCAGAUUAUCUGUCUGAUAUAAGUGCACAACUACAAGACAGAGAUAUCGACUAUCCUCUGGCCGAGUUCAUCAUAGCAUGUGGCUUCUUCAUCGUUCUCAUCCUCGAGAGGCUGGUCAUCAGCUGUAAUGGACAAGGGAAUGAGGAAUCGGCUCCUCUGCUCCCUUCUGCAGGUCACAGCCACUCUCACACACACCGUCCUGUAAACGACGUGGAGAGUAGCGGCCACCAUGUCCACGUGGACCUGCAGGCGCAUUCAUCCUUCCGCUCGUUCAUGCUCUUCCUGUCUCUUUCGCUGCACUCUGUGUUCGAGGGUUUGGCCAUCGGCUUGCAAACGACUGACACUAAGGUAUUGGAGAUCUGCAUCGCCAUUUGGAUCCACAAGAGCAUCAUCGUCUUCAGCCUCUCGAUAAAGCUGAUCCAGAGCGCCAUCCGGCCCAUGUGGCUCAUCAUCUACAUCCUUGUUUUUUCAGUAAUGUCGCCACUGGGUAUCGCUAUUGGCAUCGGGGUGAGUGAAGCUCAGCUACAGAUGGGGGCGUUAGUCCAGGCUGUGUUGGAAGGCCUGGCAGCAGGAACAUUCGUUUACAUCACAUUUCUGGAGAUCCUCCCUCACGAGCUCAACUCUCCGGGACGACAGCUCCUCAAAGUGCUCUUCAUCUUAAUCGGCUUCUCUCUCAUGGCCUUUCUGUGCUUCAUGGACUAAGAAACGUACGAGGGAUUUCACAGGGAUUUAUAUGGGACAUUUAGGACUUCAUUUUUAACUGACUAACAAAUUUAAGAUUUAUAUUUUAUUAUUUUCAUUAUUUCCAAUGCACUGAUAUUUGGAAAUAGACCUGCUUUAACUUGAGCUGUGUAUGUUACAGUAACACGGUAAGCAAGAGCUAUACAAAUGUGCACACUCAGCAGUUAUAUUGAAAAAGGAAGGAUUUAAUUAUUCGUUUUUAUCAAACGUCAUUUAAAUGUCAACCGACUUUUCAGGAUUUGAGUCCGAUGUUUCUAAGUUUCAUACACCGAACCGUUUUUACUUCCACUUCAGGAUUUUAUUUUAUCAUCUAUUUGAAAAGUAGGUCUUAAAAACCUAAAGAGAUUCAAGAUGAUUUUAAUUACUUUCAAGUAUUAUUUCUUUUAAUUGUCCAUCAGACAUUUUUGGGCCGAUUACUGGUUAUUGCACUAUUCAUGCAAAAUAUUUUGAUUGUGAAACAUUACAGGAAUAUGACAUCCCUGCGUUCCAAACCUGAAAAGGCCACCUUGGUAGGCAGCUUUUUUUCAACAGUAUUUGCAGUCAUGACAUAAAAUGUGUCCCAUUUGGACAGCAGCACAAGAAUAACUGACUUAAUCUAUAAGGUUUUGGACAUUUUGCACAAAAAUGUGUUCUACGAAAGUUGGAAAAAGAUGGUGGACAGGCCAAUUUAGCAUCAUGAUAAUAUAAUACACAGUUCUAUGUGAUCAUGUAAGGAAUAAGACACAAUGGGGUAUUUGGGGGGAGGUGUGAUGUGGCCCAAUGUGUAGCAUUAAAGUUCCGACCCCGAAGACGAUUAUUUUUUCAGUAACAUCAAAUGUUUUUUUUCUUUCUUCUUCCACCUCAGCAAUUUGACAUCGCUAACAAUUUUCUAUAUGUUAAAGGAUGACGUGUUGUACUUUUUAUUCGUUUAAACUUUACUGACAUUUAAUGUUGUGGUACGUCCCUGAAACACCUUAGUUCCUGUUCCCCUUCCCGUACCCUUUUUAAAUCUUUUCUUUUCCUUUUGAUGUUAAUAAGACAGAAAAACAGCUUGUCAUGAUGCUGAGAAAAUUCUCAAUCCUAAACACUGUCCCGUGUUGGAAAACUUAGAGUAACAGCUUUAUAUCUGAAAGCACUGACACUGGGUACUCCUUACUAAAAGCUAAAUAAACAUCUCCAUUGAGAAAACGUCACUAUAUCAACAAUUAUACAUGUUUUUGUAAUCUGGUUAUGUGCAGCAUCCAUGAUACAAGUCCUUGUGUUAGUUGUUACUAUCGAAAUAAUAACAAAUUAUAACAUUAUUAGAAUGACAUUUAUAUUAAUGAAUAUAACCCCCUGAUUUGCCUCGAAGCCAAAAAGAUUCAGAGCUGCUGUUAUAGAAUUUUAAUCAACACCGUCUGACAAAUCUGAAUCGAGAUUUCAUCAGCGCUGUGCUGAUGAGAAUAAGAAUAUAUAUAUAUAUAUAUAUAUAUAUAUAUAUAUAUAUAUA